GUGCAAAGGGAAGUGUCAGUGCCUUGCUGCUGCAACACCAUGGGAGUAAUUGGGUAACAUAAGGUAAGAAGAUCCUAGGAAAAGGAUGGUGCUGUGCAGAACCAAGGAAGAUAAAAACCCUCAGUCCAUCCCAGUGUGACCUAGGGAGGAAAGUCCCUUCCUUCCCCCAAAUUUGGCAACUGUUCUGACACUGAACAGAAGAGGAAGAUCCUCUAGCCAGGAGCCUUUGAGAAGCUAGUACCAACAGGAAAAUCACUGCACCUUGGUCAAGAAACCCCAUCGGAUUGUGAAUGCAAGUCUACCUGCACAUGUGAGACUGCUGCCCCCUGUUCUUCCACAAACUUUUAACCACUGCACACGACUCCACUUCUGUUGCUGGUGGAAGACCAGGAGGAGUGCAGACUCCUACCAACCAGAGAUAGAAUUCAAACCAUGAACAGACCCUAGCUGUCCUGUGAAUCAUUCUCUUUCAGGCUUGUGUCCUCCUAAUGGAUCCAGACAAUGCCACCAGCUAUGUAACUGAGUUCAUCCUGCUGGGCUUCUCAUCCCUGGACCACACCAGUCGCAUCCUCCUCUGUGCUAUCCUGUCUUCUGUCUACACCCUGACACUAGCAGGCAACUUGUGCAUCAUGUGGGCUGUUGUCAAGAGCUCCCGCCUCCAGCGCUUGCCCAUGUAUAUCCUGCUAGGGAACUUCUCCUGCCUGGAGAUCUGCUAUGUCACAUCCACAGUGCCACGGAUGAUCUCAGACCUGCCAACCCCGCAGGGCGAUGCAAUCUCCUUUCAUGCCUGCUUCUUCCAGUUCUACUUCUUCUUCUCCAUGGGAGCUGCUGAAUGCUUCUCCCUCUCAGCCAUGGCUUUAGAUAGAUACCUGGCCAUCUGCCACCCCCUGCGCUAUCCCAGCCUCAUGUCACAGAGGGCCUGCUUGCUCCUGGUGGCUUUCUGCUGGGUUGGUGGCUUCUUCUGGUUCGCCACCCCCAUUAUCUUCAUCUCCCACCUCCCCUUCUGUGGCCCCAAUAUCCUGGAUCACUAUGUCUGUGACCCUGCUCCAUUGCUGGCUGUCUCCUGUGUCCCUGCUCCCCAGAUUGAACAUGGCUUCUUUGCUGUGACUUCCACUAUCAUCUUCUCAACUGUCCUUUUCAUCUUGACCUCUUAUGUGAUGGUCCUCAGGGCAAUAAUGAAACUGCCACGGGGGUCUGGAAGACGCAAGGCCUUCUCCACUUGCACCUCCCACCUCACAGUGGUGGGUCUUUUCUACGGCUCCAUCAUGGUCACCUAUGUCAACCCAGCAGCUUCUGGGGACAGCGGGAAGGAGGUGUCCCUUCUGUAUGUGUUGGUUACUCCACUGUUCAACCCAUUGAUCUACAGCCUGAGAAAUAAGGAGAUGAAAGAGGCUUUGAGGCACACAGUGCUAGGGGACCGGUAACAGGUGUGAAUCUGGCUUCAGGGCAGGGGGACUGGCUGGCUCAGGAAGUGGUGAAUGGGUUCCAAGCCAUUUCGCCUCUAAGGGACACCAACUCCAAUCUGGCCUUGGGGCAAUAUUAAAAAAAGCUUGUUUGAGGUUACAAGUGGAACACAAGUGAAGUACCUAUAUUCGUUACUGCUGCGCUCAAUAAGUA